AUGCUCACAACAGCGUGGGUAUGUCGCAGCUGCCUCACGCGCAUUGCAAGGCCACUCGUACAGCGUCAAUUACGUCAUCAGUCGAGCGCGGCUCCUUCAGCAUUGGUUUCACCUGCGCUGCUCUCACGCGCCCGCAACAUCGCUCUCGAGCACAAGACGCUUACCGAAAAGCUCGCCAAUGACUUCGACACGAAAUCGGCGAAGAGGUUGGGCGAAUGCAGCUCCGUAGUGAGGGCGUUGGAGACGUGGGAUAAAGCAAAUGAGUCUGUCACAGAGCUCACAUCGCUGAUACACGACUCCACGACCGACGCCGAGCUGCGCGAUCUUGCAGCGGAUGACCUGGAAGAGACGCGCAAUGAGCUCGCCGGCGCCUCGCAGAGCCUCGUCACCUCCCUUGUACCCGUCCACCCGUUCGCCCACCUCCCAUGCAUCCUCGAAAUCCGGCCAGGCGCGGGCGGGUCAGAGGCGGCCAUCUUCGCUGGCGAUCUGUUUCGCAUGUAUCAGGCUUUCUGCAACCACAGCGGCCUUCGAACAAACGUUCUAAAGUACGAGAAUAUCAAUGGCAACAGCGAGGCUGGCAUACCGCUUUCAGAAGCCAUCUUCGAAGUUGAAAACGAGAAUGCUUAUGGCCUGUUCAGGUGUGAAGCUGGUGUGCAUCGCGUUCAGCGAGUGCCGGCCACCGAGACCAAGGGCAGGACACACACAAGCGCAGCGUCAGUGCACGUCUUGCCGAGCUUACAGGAGAACUCCGCAGUACAAGAGGACUUCGACAACCCGGAGAGCGACUACUAUGUCGACAUCAAAGAGGUCAGACAAGAAGUCAUGAGGGCCAGCGGUGCGGGCGGCCAGCACGUCAACAAGACCGAGUCGGCUGUUCGACUCACCCACAUACCGACCAACAUCGUAGUCGCCAUGCAAGAUUCGCGCUCCCAACUGAAGAACAAAGAGAAGGCAUGGACAUUGCUGCGCUCACGUAUCGCGCAAGCCCGACGAGAGAAAAGGGAAGAUGAAAUCGUAGCGAUGCGCAGAAGUGUCAUUGGCGUCUCCAAAAUGGGCCGCGGCGACAAAGUUCGAACGUACAACUACGGGCAACAGAGAGUCACCGACCAUCGAAGUGGCACCACUGUACACGACCUCGAUGAUGUGAUGGCAGGCGGACAGACGCUCGAGAAAGUCAUGGACAAUGUGCGCAGCUGGCUUAUGGAGCGAGACGUCGAGAGCUUGAUCGCCGAAGAAAGCGAGGCCAAGUGA